CCCGCUUGUCAGGAUGGUGCCCCCGCCGCCGGCGAACAAGCCCCACGUGUGCCUGUCCACCAUCUUGAUCAUGAGCAGCAUGGCGCUGAUGGACGCCUACCUGGUGGAGCAGAACCAGGGCCCGCGGAAGAUCGGCAUCUGCAUCAUGGUGCUGGUGGGCGACGUCUGCUUCCUCAUCGUCCUGCGCUACGUGGCUGUGUGGGUGGGCGCCGAGGUGCGGACCGCCAAGCGCGGCUACGCCAUGAUCCUCUGGUUCCUCUACGUCUUCGUCCUGGAGAUCAAGGUCUACUUCAUCUACCAGAACUACAAGGCGGACCGGCAGAGCUUGGACGCCGUGGCCCGCAAGGCCCUGACCUUGCUCCUCUCCAUCUUCGUGCCCGUCCUCUUCGUCAUCCUGGUGGCCAUCGACCACAUGGAGUACGUGCGCGCCUUCAAGAAGCGGGAGGAGAUCCGGAACCGCCUCUUCUGGGUGGUGGUGGACCUGCUGGACAUCCUGGACAUCCAGGCCAACCUGUGGGAGCCGCAGAAGAAAGGUCUCCCCCUGUGGGCCGAGGGGCUGAUGUUCUUCUACUGCUACAUCCUGCUGCUGAUCCUGCCCUGCGUCUCCCUCAGCGAGAUCAGCAUGCAGGGCGUCAACAUCGUGCCCCACAAGAUGAUGCUGUACCCCAUCCUCAGCCUGGUCACCAUCAACAUCAUCACGCUCUUCAUCCGCGGCGGCAACAUGCUCUUCUACAAGGACAUGCGGGUGUCGGGCAUCCUGAUGGGCAAGAACGUGGUGGCCAUCAUCCUAAAGACGUGCAGCUUCGCGCAGUACCGGAGGCAGCUCCACAGCGCGCCGCCGGCCUUCGGCGUGGAGCUCCAGAAGAACUCGGUGCCCCUGGCGCGGCCCAUGGCCCUGCCCGUGCCCGCCCCGCCCCAGGUGGUGGUGCAGGACCUGACGGCGCUGCCCGAGGUGGCCACCUGCGACCACACGUAGCACAGGACGAACCAGAUUGUAUAAAAAAUUUAAUAAAAUUAAAACAUUUAUCAUUUCUCAAAAAAUGAACAUGGGAUUAUCAUGUUUAGCGAAUGCAGAAUAUGGAAUGCCACCACAGUGGGCACAGGAGAAGGACUGGCUCAUACGGGCUCCAUGUUAGCAGUGCAAACCUGUGGUGGAAUGGUUUUUUUUUAAAUGAAAGUGGUGUGGAGAAAUCCAAGAUUUGUGUGAUGUGUACGUGAGGGUGGUGUUAAUUCUUACUGUGGUCUGAUCUGCAUUGGUGACAGCGGUUUGAAAUCCAACUGUCACAAAAACCACGUACAAGUUGCAUUCCUACUUUUGUGAAAGGCACACUACCUACUUUUUAAAUGAAAACCACAGUGAUUUUUUUAGAUAAUACCACGUAUUCUGAACUCUGUGCUCCACGUUGGGACCUGAACAGGAGAUAAUGUGAUUUCUCUUUUCUUUUUGGAUGAGGGGGGCUGCUUGUGCUGAUCAAGGCUCCUUUGCAGGAAAAGAAGACAAUGUAUUUUUUGAAACCAUACUGUGAAAAAAAAAAGCCAACGGGUAUAUGAAUAUAUUUUUAUAUAAAUAUAACAUAUAAUUAAUGGUGUGUGGUGCAUUAUGACUUUGGGAAAGAAAAAAAUCAAACUGGAUGGUCGUGUGUCGUAACUUUCACUUUUUAAGUUCCUGACUUGCUUCUUUUGUAGUUGCCGUAUCUUCCGGGUUAAAAUACUUCAGUUUAAAGAACCAACUGACACUGCUUUAUUUGAACAAAACAAAAAAAAAAAACCUUUUCUUAACGAAAGUGUUUUAUAUGUGAUUCUUUGAUAAAGUACUGUGCGUACAUGGA